UUAAGUUUAAGAUUGUUUAUGUUGAUGAAAAAGAUAGAAUAAUAUUAAACAAAAACAAAUAUAUUUUUAUAAGAUGAAGCUCACAUGUAACGCAUCAUAUAAUAUAUCCGUGAACCUAAUGAAUCCAACGGUCGACGUUAAAAAUUCAAACUUUUUACUGUGUUUUGGUUCUCACAACAACAGCUUAACACUUUUUCUUUAUAUUAUAAUCAAUAUAAUAAUAUAAUCAGUCUUGGAUCGCAUUGAUUCUACUCUGGAGAAUAUCAGUUUGGUUCAGACCAAAAGCUCCUGAAAAUGGCUUCGUGGGUUGAUCUGAUUUGCCACCUUUGUCGUUUCUCAGCUCCCACUUUCGAAAAAUAGCUUCAAGAUCUCAACUGGGUUGUAGCCAUUUCUGCUCCAAAACAACUAUAUAAUCCUUGACCUUGAGGAUUGAGCUUAACUAAUGGCCGAGCCUCAUGUGAAAACAGAGAGCCAAACAAUCCAAAUCCCUCUUCUAACUUCAAAUCAAGAGGAAAGAGAAGGAGAAAACGAGGAUUUAAGUGAAGCCCUUGAAGGGUUGGAGAAGUUUCUGGCUUUACUGGGUUUUAAUCAGGCUUGUUAUCUAAGCCUUGCUCUGUCUUGGACUGUGUUUUUGGUAAUUGGGGUUUUGGUUCCGGUCCUUGUGCUUGAAUUCUCCGACUGUCCGAGCUGUGAGAAGUAUCAGAUUAAGAAUUUCGAGCUUCAAAUCGUGGCCACACAGGCUUGUUUGGCCGCCGUCUCUUUGCUCUGCCUUUCCCACAACCUUCGUAAGUAUGGCAUACGGAGGUUUCUCUUUGUCGACCGCCAUAGUGGCCACAUGGUCCGGUUUCGAAAAGAUUAUGUUAAGCAAAUUUCGGGAUCCUUACGCUUGCUUGUUUUGUGGGCACUUCCAUGUUUUAUACUAAAGACAGCACGAGAGAUUGUUCGAGUGUACUAUAUAAAUCGCGGUUCUUGGUGGGUUUCAACUGCUAUUUUAUUAGCAUUAGUUGUAUCCUGGACUUAUGUGAGUACAAUCUCUCUAACAGCCAGCAUUUUGUUUCAUUUGAUAUGCAAUUUGCAAGCUAUCCACUUUGAUGAUUAUGGGAAGCUCUUGGAAAGAGAAUCUGAUGUUUUGGUAUUUAUAGAGGAGCACAUUCGUCUGCGUUACCAUCUAUCUAAGAUUAGCCAUCGAUUUCGGAUCUUUCUAGUUCUGCAGUUCCUUGUUGUUACAACAGGCCAUGUUGUCACUCUAUUCCAAACUACAGGGUAUCGCGGAAUAGUUACUUUCGUUAAUGGAGGUGAUUUUGCUGUCUCCUCAAUCGUCCAGGUAGUUGGGAUUAUUGUUUGCCUGCAUGCUGCAACAAGAAUUUCCCAUAGAGCACAAGGCAUAGCAUCACUUGCAAGUAGAUGGCACGCUUUAGUAACAUGCGGUUCUAAUGAUUCAUCUUAUCAUAGAGCUUCAAACAACAAUAUGCUAAACAUGGAAGCUGUUCAAGCAUUGAAUUCAUUAGAUUUAAGUUACUCUGAGAGUGAUUUGGAAUCAUUGGAUUAUGUUUCAAUGCCAACUAAUACACAACUAGUUUCUUAUUUAUCAUCAUAUCACAGGAGACAAGCUUUUGUGAUGUAUUUGCAAACCAAUCCAGGAGGUAUUACAAUAUUUGGAUGGACGAUUGACCGCGCCCUCAUCAACACCAUCUUCUUCAUUGAACUAACUCUGGUUACCUUUGUGCUGGGAAAGACUAUUGCUUUCACAUCAAAAUAAAUAGAGUUUAUACAUCAACAUAGGGCUGCUCAACAUGGUCUCUUUUCCAGGCCUGUGUUUGUUACCAUCGCCGGACAGUUUACAAUGCAGUCAGUCACCUUUAUCUGGCUCCAUUGCAACACUUUCACCAAUCCUAGAGAAACCAACAGAGCGAAGCAUUUUGCGCCUAUGUUCCUGCAGGAAGUUCUAGCUGGUUUCCUUGGUUCAUACGGAGUACCCGGGCUAGUCAGUAAAUGGACUCAAAGCUACUAGCAUUCCUCCAAUCUGUUGGACAUCUUAUAUUAUGUGAAGAAAACAAAAUGGAUUCCACAUUAUUUAUUUCUUGAAAAUAGGUUAAAGGCACAAGUUCAAUAGUUUUUAUAAUAUGAAAGCUUACAAUACAGAUAAAUUUUGUAGUGUACUCGGUUUAGUGGUUGAUUACAAUACAGAUAAUAUGAAAGUUAUAGAUGUAAUAAUGCAAAUGAUGAACCUGAACCUAGGACAAAUCUGUGUUAA